AUGAAAAAGAAUGCAGAGGGCGUUUUCGAUUGGAAGCUGGUCGAUGGCAAGUUGGAGUAUUGGUACAUUAUGAUAUUUUUUACCCUGCGAAACGCCCUUGUUGGCUCAGGAAGCUCAGGAGACAGCAAUAGCUCGCUCGCCCUGUCAAUUUCACAGAUGGCAGCGUUGCAGAACUUUGUGGAGGUAUCUGCGAUGAAUUUCUGGAAAAAAAAAAGAGCCCGCGAGCUGCUAGAAGCUGAUGCCGAUCAAGACAAUGAAGACGAUGACGAGGAGUUCCUUGAUGCCCGCAGGCCAAAGUCGUGGGACCAGGGCCAGAUUGAUCCCAUCUACUGCUGUGGUACGGCACAUUUGGGGUGUAUCCGGGCAGGGUGUACUGCCCUCAAACCGAAGUCCUCGGACCCUGCUACACUGCUGUGGUACGGUGUGUGUUGGCAUGCAGGGUGGAUCAGAAAUGGAGUCUUUGUCUAA